GGCGAAGCGGACGGUCGCGGCACCGCCGCCAUUUAUACACCCGAAAGUACGAUAAAAAUCGCCAAAAUUUUCGACCGGCAGUAUCACUCACCUUCCAAGGUGUUGAAGUUGGAGGACGACCCGUGGGGGUCAUGUGCCAUGUACUCGCCGGAUAAGAUGAAGUCCGGCGGGGGGCUGAUGGCGCCGCCAGGGUGCUUCCCGGGGCGCUACAGCCCGACGUACCGGAGCUCCGACCCGCGCCGGUGCGUCCCCAACCCGUCCAGUCGGAUAUUGGAAGAUGCAUCGUUGAUGUGCAACUCAUGGUCACCAAGACACAACGGCGAUCUAUUUGGGGGUCUGAACGAUGGUCUACUGAGCAGAGCGGAGGCGCUUGCGGCCGUGGACAUCAGCAAGCACCAAAGUGGGCCCCAGCCGGGCCCCCCACUACCGCAGCUCAAACACGACAUGGUCUACCAUCAUGGAGUGGGGGGACCUUCACCACAUAAUGCUAGACCACAUCAGAUGGGGCACCACGGCAUGGAGGGUCUGGACAUGCUCGACCCGCUUACCUCGUCCUCCAUGACGACCCUGGCACCCAUGGGCGAGGCGGCGCCCCCGCAUCACCAGCUGCACGGCUACGGAGCCAUGAACCACGUCAUGAACCACCACCACCACGCCGGCGGGCUCGCGCAUGCACCCCCCGCGCACCUCGGCCAUCCCUCCGCAGCGCUCCACCCCGACACCGACACAGACCCCCGCGAGCUGGAGGCCUUCGCCGAACGAUUCAAACAACGAAGAAUUAAACUAGGCGUCACGCAAGCUGACGUCGGCAAAGCGCUUGCAAACCUCAAACUUCCCGGUGUGGGCGCCCUCUCACAGAGCACCAUCUGCCGCUUUGAAAGCCUAACAUUAAGUCACAACAAUAUGAUAGCGCUCAAGCCAAUCCUGCAGGCAUGGCUCGAGGAGGCGGAGGCGCAGGCUAAGAACAAAAGACGAGACCCCGACGCGCCAAGCGUGCUUCCAGCUGGUGAAAAGAAACGCAAGAGAACUUCCAUCGCGGCGCCGGAGAAGAGAAGCCUGGAGGCGUACUUCGCGGUGCAGCCGCGGCCCUCCGGGGAGAAGAUCACGGCGAUCGCGGAGAAGCUGGACCUGAAGAAGAACGUGGUGAGAGUGUGGUUCUGCAACCAGCGGCAGAAACAGAAGCGGAUGAAGUUCGCGGCGCAGCACUGACCGGCGGGCGGCGGCGCGGCUCUCCUGUACCCCGGCCCCGGGUACGGCUACUGAGCACGCCGCUCCGGCACGCCACUCCCUACACAGCAAUAAGGAUCUCAUUCCGAUCUCAUUCUUAUACUCCCUUCGAGUCGAGCAACUUAGUACUUAGUGUAGAUAUUAUACCGUUCUUGAGUUUGUCUAUACACUUUCCACGGAUUCUGAUAUAUUUUUCGAGACACAGGGUAUAUAAUAAUCGAUUAUAUACAUAUCAUUACACUGAGUAGAUGUCGCUUCAAUCGUUCAGUUCGUGCGCGCCGUCUUUACAAUGUUUUCGGAGCAUCGAAAAUGUACAUGAAUAAAAAUUGAAAUUCAGGAUUUUUAAGAGAAUGUGCCUUGCAAAUAAUCAAUAUUCUGUGUUUUAAUGUUAGUAACUUCAUUGCUGCGAGUCGCAGGAGUCGCACCAGACAGCCGGACGUCCGGUGUCCGGAGGCAACACGGCACGGCCCGGACGGGCAGCGAGCGAGAUACAAGUUCUCUUUAAAUGUAGUUGAAGGUAUUAUUUUGAUGAGUUGGCUCAUUGUUUAGAAGUGGAUGUCUCGCGCCGUUGCCGCCCGGUGUCUAUGCGCGGUCUAAUGUUUAAAUAUUAAAAGAUAAAUUUGUUAGGCCUUUUGUUCUCAUUAUAUUGAUACUGUACAAAAUAAUUGUAAGAAAAUUAUAGUUUCAAGCCUAAGUUGUAGAUAAUAUUCGGUAGAAUUUUGUACUAUAAUGAAAUUAUUUAGUUUCUGUUCGUUCGUUCGUUUUGUAUGAUUAUAAACAUUUUCACGAAAUGGCACAAUUUCUAGUUUAAGAGGUUAUUAGUGACAUUUAGCCAAAAUAGUAUUAACAAUUCAUUUGUAAAUAGAUCACCUUUCAAUUAACAAGUAGGCGUUAGUUUAAAUACACAUAGUUACUAAACGGAAGGAAUUAGUACAACGCGCUUGGAUUCAUGCACCUCAUGUCAUACUGUGUUCAGUUUGUCUGUCACCCUUGUAAUGUUCGGAGAGAAACACUCGAUGCCAAAAUCUUACCUUGAAACGUCAAUAAAUUAUAAAAUUAAAUGCGGCCAAAGUAUUGACGAUAAUAUGAAAUUAUUUAAAAACUUUCAUCGCUCCUUUAUUUCUUCAAUGCAUGAAUCCAAAAUGGUGUAACGCACCACGGCUUACGUAAUAGAAAACCCGAAAAAAAAAAUACUCAUAAAAUUUUUGCGAAUUAUAAAUAAUAUUUUUAAAAGAUAUUUUGUAAAUAUAGAUUUAAUAAAAAGACUUAAGUAAUGAAACGUGCAAUUUAGACCUCGGUAAAAUAACUGCUAGGAAUUUAUGGGAUCUAGGUACCACAGACAAGUAACACGUUAUUCUUUAUAAACGGACUAGUCAUAGAUUAAUUUGUAUUCAAAUAUUUAUUGUAUUGUUUUUUUAUUAAUUAAUUUUUAUAAUUUAUAAAUGUUAAAUAUUGUUUUACUCCGAUGUUCAAUUUUACCAAAUUCUUUAGUGUAAUUAUUAAGAGAUUUCUGAUCCAAGAUGUACCUACUUUUGUUAACUUUUUGUACUUUAAUUGGUAUUCUGAAAGUAAUUAUGUACGAUAUCUUACGUCACCACUCAACAUAUUGUAAAAUAAGAUUCGUGAUAUUACAGCGUUAAAAUUAGAAAUAAUUACACGAAUUUUACUUUGAAUAUUUUUUACUAAUUAGCUUAGGAAAUAUUUGUGAACUCUGAAAUUGUUAUGUAAAGGAAACUCGCUCCUAUUUCUUGUAAAUAUAUAAAUGGAUGAAAACCUGUUUAAAAAGAUAAACCUAAAUUGUGACGUAAGCUAUGUACAAAAAUAAUUAAUUGAUUAUUUUAAUUUGUAUAUAAAAAUGAGGAUAUUACAUAAUAGACCGAACGUAACUAUUAUUACUAUUAGUUCUUGAAACUAAGUCAGUAAUAAUUUUAAGUAGACAUUAGAAAAAAGUUUC